AUGACUGUUGAUGUGUAAAUGUGCUCUUUGUAAUUGCUUAAUAGUAAUCUCCACUUUGUCUGGCUCAAAACCCACCUUUUCCUGUCUCCAUCCCUCUGCGUCCCUUUAUUUUGAGCUAUAUGCUCCAUGCCAGUCUCUGCUUUCCUCUCUGCCAUUUAUUAAUGGCUAUCUGUCUGCUCCACCUCUUGUAUCUACUUCUGUCUCCUUUGUCUUUGUACUUAUUAUUUCUGUAUUCCUCCCAGUAUCUCUUGUCAUGUGUUUGAUCCUAUUUUUUGUCUGUCCCUCUCUUUCGUAGCCCUUAUGUUUUAGCCCCUUCUUUUUUUUUUUUACUGCCACUUCCUUACAAUUGUUAUGAUUAUUUGUUGUAUGUGUUGCCCACUUCCUUACCUUUUUCUUAUGGUGAGCAGUGCCCAUACUUUUUUUUGUGGGUGUGUGACUUAGUGAAGGAAGACUGACAUUUUCUAGUACCAUCCAGUAAUACACGGCAAAGGAGUGAGUCAGGAAAUGCUUAGUCCCCGCUUCAUUGCUAAGCACUGAUGUGACAGGGAUCCAACUUUCCUCUGCAUUCGAAAGUGGCUCAGUGUUGUUGGUAUUGCUGACCUGUGGACACACAGUAGAGGUGUAAACUCUGCAGUCGGUCCUCGCAGUGGAAAGUGCAUAGUCCUGAAGGCUUGAUAUGUGAGACCUGCAGACCAUAUAUGUAAUAGAUCAGCCCAAUAACAUUUACUUUUAUUAAAUUUGAAUAAAGGGCAAUGAUUGGCUGAAUGGAUUGGGUAUGGUUGCAAUACAAAAAGUAUCUGAGAUACAUGGUUAAUUAUAAGGCACUGCUUUAAUUGUGUUAAUAUUAGCCCAGUGUAUCUUUAAAACCAAGCUACUUUAUUAUUAUUAUUAUUAUUAGAAUGUAAUUAUCUGAUUUAAGCUUUACAUAUUGAUGACCAGGGUUCAAGGCUCAGACUACAUACAUCUGUUACUUUAGUACGCCUGUGUAAGCUAAAUUUAAAAAAAUGGGGUACAUUAAAAUGCACGUAUUGUUUCCUAGCCUAUAUUUGGAAUGUAUUUACAUAUUAUUGUCAUGUGUAUUACAGAAAGGAUUGACAAAUGGCACAGUGAUUUUCCAUAUUAGAUUUUGUUGCUGUGUUUGCAUAAAGUGGACCGAGAACAUUUCCAUAUGUCAUACAUCUCAACAUUGGCAUUCGUGAUGUUUCUUAAAACAUAAUGUUUGCCAAUCUCUCAGAAGCAAGGGAUUUGAUGAAGAGCAAUAUGUCUUAAAACUUUAAUAUUUGCAGUAAAGGAUUUUACUUUUUCCAAAUAGUAUGUUAAGUUAAAUAUAAUGCUAUAUGUUAUUAAAUAACUACUUCAGGCUGGGGAUGUCCCACUCCACUGCCCCACUCCCCCAUUUUUUUUAUUUUUUUUGUCAUGUGUUAAUGCACUAAAAUGAAUGCAAAAUAAUCAUAGAAAAUAUACUUCUUACUCCCUCAUUUAAAGCUGUAGCUGAUCCUCUGCUCCUUUUGCAGUGAAUUGAAAGUGGGUGUGAUACCCUGCUAUUUUCCUGAUCCUUUUUAUUUUUUUUAUUUUUUUUGUUAAAUGUUGUAUUGUGUGUUAGACUAGUUUGCAAGAAAUUACAUUCAUAAUUAACUUUUGCAAAAUAAAUACCUGUGCAACCUAAAGGGACACUAUGGUUACCAAAACAACCUAAGCUUAAAGGACCACUCUAGGCUCCCAGACCACUUCAGCUUAAUAAAGUGGUCUGGGUGCCAGGUCCAGCUAGGGUUAACCCAUUUUUUAAUAAACAUAGCAGUUUCAGAGAAACUGCUAUGUUUAUUAAUGGGUUAAGCCUUCCCCCAAAGCCUCUAGUGGCUGUCUCAUUGACAGCCACUAGAGGCGCUUGCGUGCUUCUCACUGUGAUUUUUCACAGUGAGAGCACGCCAGCGUCCAUAGGAAAGCAUUGUAAAUGCUUUCCUAUGAGACCGGCUGAAUGCGCGCGCAGCUCUUGCCGAGUGUGCGCAUUCAGCCGGCGGGGCGUAACGGAGGAGGAUCGGAGGAGGAGAGCUCUCCGCCCAGCGCUGGAAAAGGGUAAGUUUUAACCCCUUUUCCCUUUCCAGAGCCGGGCGGGAGGGGGACCCUGAGGGUGGGGGCACCCUCAGGGCACUAUAGUGCCAGGAAAACGAGUAUGUUUUCCUGGCACUAUAGUGGUCCUUUAAUGAAGCAGUUAUUGUGUGCUGAUCAUGCAGCAGUCUCACUUCUCAAUUCUUUGCCAUUUAGGAGUUAAAUAACUUUUUUUUUUUCUUUAUGCAGCCUUAGCCACACCUUCCCUGGCAGUGAUUGACAUAGCCUGCAUGAAAAAUAGUUUUUUUAUUUUUAAUAAGAUGUUAACUUGCUUCAGAAGUUUUUAUUACCUGCUCUUUAAACUUAAUUUUAAAUACACACAAGAGACUCCAGCAGGGUCUAGCAAACCGCUAACAGAGCAGGAGAUAUGAACCUCUAAAUUAAACAGACUGCAAUAAAGAAAGUGUAAACAUUACAUUUUACAGCAAGUGUUUAGGUAGGUUGUGUAAGUCACAUGCAGGGGUGUGUGACUAGGGCUGUCUAAACAAAAUGAUUUAACUCCUAAAUGGCAGAGAAAUUAGCAGAGACCAAUCUGUACACUAAAACUGCUUCAUUAAGAUAAAGUUAUUUUGGUGACUAUAGUGUCCCUUUAAUAAAGUUGCCAAUAGUUCCUUUUUAUCACACUUGAGUUAAAGGGACUAUGUAGGCAACAUAUGCACUUCAACUUUUUGAAGUAAUUAUGGUUCCUGAAUUGUGUGUGUGUUGCACCCACAUACCUAUCAAAGUGCAAUAUUUUACAGUUUAACAGCGAUGCAGGGUCCCUCAGUAGUCAUAACUGGGCCCCUGAUGAUUGCAUAAUGGAGAUGGAGAAGUACUGCCUUACACCAUAAAAGGUUGAUGGCGCCACCUGGCACACUCAUCCAAUCACUGCCUAGUAUGACUCAGUUCGUUGUAAUGCUCCUCUCAGUCUACAUUAUACAGUCAGUGGGGGACAGAUUACAAAUUCCAAGAGACCCUGUGAAACCGAUAACUGUUCAGGAAUGCAGGAGCUGGGACACAUAGAUGAAAGGCACUCUAACCACUUCUAUGUGCUGUUUGAAGUAUUGAAAGACCUUGCCCAGGAUUAAAUGGCAUCCAUCUCUGGUAUUACGUGACAUUUUAUCUUCAGACUAUGUGCAUUUAUAAACUUUGUUUUUUUUCUACUGUAGAAGUUAUUUAAUGUUCUUUAUUUUGAACAUUUGGUCAGUAGUCUUGUUAUGAAAAGACAUGAUUUCACCUGGUUUCAGUAAAAAAAUAAAUCUUGCCUUCCACAUCUGAACGCUAGGAGCCAUGCAUGACAGUAGUCAUUCAACUACAAGAUCAUACUUGCCAAUUAUCCAUCAAGUUCUUCCAUCUGUGAUUCUAUUUUAUCAGAUGGGAUAGUUGGGCUAUUUCCAGAUAAGGGCAUUAUGGAUGGCACUCAAACCUUGCCACUUGGAAUCUGAAAUCCCAGGCAUGAAACUGGUUAUUAAAAAAAAAAAAAAAAAACUGUUUUCCACAGCUUUUCAGAACACAGUCAUAAUAUAUACAGGGACCUGAAAGACCUGCCAUUUGUAUCAAACCAGUCUCUCAUCUGCUCUUGGCUAAGUAAACAAUAGUUGUCACAUUUGAAUGAGUGGGUUCCUGGAAAGGUUUGCUUAGCUUUGUAUGUGGAGUUGUGCAUAUUUUUACUGCUAUAUGAUUUGUGUUCUCGCACUUGCUAAGAAAGCAGGCCUUUUGUAGCUCAGAGCAUAAAAGCUUGUGACACCGUUUGUUUUUGGAAUGACAAUACGCAUAACUGACAAUUUGAUGAUGAAAGUUAUUGCCUCAAAGUUAAAGUUGACAUAUCCACCACAAAUGUGUGAAUGACUUUCAUUUUAGGACUGUUUACCAUUUUUAUGCAGACAUUGUAGUCACUAGAAUUAGCUUGUGUGUACAAUGCUCAGCUCGGCUGAUGUUUGUAUUCUAUCUCUGCUGUGGACUGCACAUCCUAUGUGGCCUGCUACUAUGUCCUUUGUGUUAUACUGCACUGAGCCAUGUGGGAGCACAUGUACUCACUGCAAUCUCUGUAUUUGUAGUUUUCAUCUCUUUGUAGAUGUGAGAAUUCAUGGAGGAAAGGUAGAUGAGUCUGGCAGAGUGGAUAUCAAAUUACAGAAAUAUGCAAAAAUGAUGUGAGGUACAUUUCACCUAUACAUUGUCCUCAACAAGUAAAGGAAUAGUAAAUUCAGUUUAUUAAAGGGUGGAUUAUGAGUACCCUGGUGCCAAUUCCUGGUAAGGGGUAAACUGUUUAAGUGUUUGCUUUCUUAUCUGGGACUCCAAGCGUCCUAUGCUAGAGGCUGUGACAAACUGCCGAAGCUGAAUGAGGAUCCCCUUGGCUAUGCACUGACUGAGAGCGUCAGCUGAUAGCUCUCAGCCAUUGAAUGACAUUCUCUGCAUUGAAAUAUGCACAAAAUUGACAUAAGCCAGCCAGAACCGGGCUGCUUAAUGAUGCUGCCGGAAGUUGAGAUCUGACAGCAAAUGGGAUAAACGCUGUAUGUGCGAAAUGCUACACUUACAGACUCUGGGCACCAUAAUCACUUCAACUCACUGAAGAGUUCAUGGUGAUAGUGAUGUCGCGAACCGUUCGCCGCGAACUCCGGUCAGCUGACACAUCCCUGCCAAUCUCCGGCAGACCCUCCCUCCCAUGGAUGCUGUCCAGGAGGUGGGAGGGUCUGGGAGGGAGGGUUUGCCGGACAUUGGCAGGGAUGUGUCAGCUGACCGGAGUUCGUGGCGAACCGUUUGCGGCAAGUUCGCGACAUCACUAGUGCUUAAGUAUCUAUUUAACAAUUUCAGCUUCCAUGCCUAUGCCUUGGACAGUAGCAGCAUCGCUGAGGGCACACUAAUAAAAAAGGUAAACAGGUCAUACAAGGAGCCUUUUCCCUAGUAUAUGAAAGUAUCCGUACCUUCUCCCCCACACGAAGUGGUACUAUCAUAUUUUUUUUUUUUUGGUCCUCUGUUUUACUUUCCAUAAGCCUUUAUCUGCUUAUCCCCAUUUUGUUUUCCUCUGCUCAUGAUGUCUACAGUUUACCCACAAUCCAUGAGUCGACGAAUGCCACAUAAGAGCUUGUUACUUUUGCAACUGAAAAGCACCCUUGCUCCAUCCAUUCCCAAAGAUCAUGAUGUACAUAAGAAAAAGUAAAGCUAAGGUGUUGCUCCAACCGCUUAUGUGAGGGGGUGUACCUUUCUGAUGUUAAAUCCCCUAUUGGGCACUAUAGAGAAGGUCCCCUAGAGAAGGGGUUGUGCGCUGACCAAUCCCAGGCAUCUCACAGUUUGUUUCACCAGCUCAGAGUGCGUGUGCAUGCUCCGGUCUGGCAAGGAGGUGGGUUUUUUUUGUAGUGGGGGAGGAGGUUGUGCUUUCUAAGUUGCAGGCGCUCUGUCCGUGGCGUGCAGUGCACGCUGACAGAUGCUAAAUAUGCACAGAAUUGACAUUGAAAACCCAGAGUUCUGGACUGCCAAUGUCACGCCUACUGGGUGUACCACUAGCCCAGGUGACAAUUAAAUCAUCUCUGCAUGUGUAGUGUUUCAAACACAAAAAAAAUUGCACAUACUGACUCCUGCCACCAUGACCACUUCAAAUCAUUGAAUUUAAAAUAAUUUAUAUGUCCAAUCUUUCAUCUGUUUUCUCUGUAAUGUUUUCUGUACUAAUCUGCACCAAAUGAAAUAUUUGAAUGGCCUUGUUUUGUUCGUAUAUAAUGUGAAGUAUAUUUAAUGAACACAUUAAUGAGCUUGCCGUUUCAGAUAACAUUUUACUCAGGAUGUUUUUCUUCCACAGGUUAAAACCUGUUGCUCAGUCUUUCAGCAGAGCCUGAUCCAUCCACUUUCAUCAACACGUUUGUUGUAGAGAUGUGAACAGUUUCUUUGCAGGAUAUAUCGGAGCACUUUCUUGGUACUCUCCUGCUAAAUACAACUGACACCUAGCUUUUUCCGAAGCAAGAGGCAACCAAACCUUGAGGUUUUAAAGUUGACAUUUAAACCAAAUGGCUCUUAUUUUAUAAAGAAUUAUUCACAUAAAUAGGACUCUGUAAUGAAAACCAAUUUAUGUGGAGCUAAUGUUAAAAGGAAAAUCAUGUCCUUUUAAAUAAAAAUUUAAUUUAAUUUAUUUUUUAUUUUUAAGGUCAUGUAUUACUUAUUUUCUUCCAUUAAAGGGACACUAUAGUCACCAGAACAACUACAGCUUAAUGUAGUUGUUCUGAUGAGUAAAAUAGCUCCCUUCAGGCAUUUUCAUGUAAACACUGUCUUUUCAGAGAAAAGACGGUGUUUACAUUGCCCCUAGGGACACCUCCAAGUGGCCACUCCUCAGAUGGCCACUUGGAGGUGCUUCCUGGCUCAGUGCUGCACAGUUCAAUGCAUCUCUAUGAGGAGGUGCUGAUUGGCCAAAACUGUGUUUGGCCCCACCCCCUUGCUGAAUUUUAGCCAAGGGAAAGCAUUGGAUUGGCUAAAAAUCAGCAACUUUGAUUGUCACCAAGCGGGUGGGGCCAGCGCCGUCAGACCUGUGGAGAGUUAAAAAUAAGGCAAGGUGUUUUUUUUUUUUUACUCAUUGGGGGGGCAAGCAACCUAAAUGGUGAGCUUUCACUAUAGGGUCAGGAAUACAUACUUGUGUUCCUUACCCUAUAGUGAUCCUUUAACCCCUUAAGGACCAAACUUCUGGAAUAAAAGGGAAUCAUGACAUGUCACACAUUUCAUGUGUCCUUAAGGGGUUAAAGGUUAAACCAUGACUUUUAUUCUUGUAAUGAAUGAUCAUUGCCCUCCAAAAAAUAAAGCUAAAACUUACCUCCAUUCCAGCACAGAGGCCAAGUUCCCUCUGCAUCCUGAUGCUCCUCUGCUAAUGUCACUCGCCCUGAUUUGGAGAGCUGAGUCAAAGACAUAGCCAGCACAAAGGUGGUGGGGGGCAGUUUCCAUUGGAUGCCUGACCAGUGUUCUGUGAGUGCUGACAUCAGACAUUCACUAUCCACAGAAUUAAAAACCUGGAACAAUUGUUCUGGUUUGGCUUAUGACACCCUAAUGAGGCUGCAUACAUUUUUAAAACUAUUACAUUCUCUCUCUCUUUCUCUCUCUCUCUCUAUAUAUAUAUAUCUUUAUCUAUAUCUAUAUCUCUCUUUAUUACAGUGGUCCUAUUUGUUAAAUCUGGAUACUCCAUAUUUUGUUUAGUAUAUAUCAUACUUUGCCUUUAGCAGAGUCCUGCAGAGAACAAUAUGGGCUUACAAGCAUAGGUGGCAUUAUGAAAAAUUGGUUAGUGCAUGAACUGCACACAUAUGGUCCAGGACUUAAUUUUAUUCUGGGAUAACACAGCUUUACAUCUUUUGGAAGUUGAUUAAAAUGAUUGAAUCGUAAAUAAUGUUAAUACUACUUUAUAUACUUUUAUAUGCUAAAAAACUAGAUAAAUUAUUCCUAGAAACGUACUUUCAUCACUCUAGCCUUCUUUCUGACUUAUCUAGUAUGGCGGAAGUCAAUAAAUAAGUAGAGAUGUCGCGAACCGUUCGUGGCGAGCUCCGGUCAGCUGACACAUGCCGGCCAAUCUCCAGCAGACCUUCCCUCCCAGACCCUCCCACCUCCUGGACAGCAUCCAUGUUGAAGGCAGCUUCAACAUGGAUGCUGUCCAGGAGGUGGGAGGGAUGUGUCAGCUGACCGGAGCUCGCCGCGAACGGUUCGUGGCGAACCGCGGAAAGCGUUCAACGGAAGUUCGCGAACGGUUCGCGACAUCUCUAUAAAUAAGUGAUUUGAUAAAUUUAUAGAGCCCCCCCAUUCUUUCUUUAGAUGGGGUUCAUGAACUUGUUUUGUUUUUCCCCUUUUUUUUUUUAAGACAAUGUGCACUAUUAAACAAUUAAAAUUCUAACUGUCUGGAAAUGAAAAUGCAUUUCAUCAAUGACGCUAACCCCGUACCCCCAGCAAAGCUAGUUCUGUAAUUGGCACAGGAAUGUGCUACCUUCAUGUGUUUGUCCUCGUUAAGCCGUGACCCGAGAAACAAAGUAGAGACAUUUAUGACAUUAUUAAGGCUAUCCUUAAAAUAUUAUACCUUUUAUGGGGGAGUUUAAAUAUAUAUAUUUUUCUCCUCAUUUGACUUGUUCAUGUAUCUGCUUUUGAAAUUAAGAAAGUUAAAAUGAUUAUUAAUUGGGUGUUUACUGAUUUAAAUUAACGGUCUUUGAUUUAUUAAUGCAUGUUUUAUUCUCCAUCCUUUUAAUAUGGUAAUUGUUGAAGGCACAUGUUUUGAUUAUGGUGUGUGGAGUCAUUCUUUGUUCGGUUUGUCAACAAACUUUUUUUGACAGAUGUUAAUUGUCUCAAAUAUGUUAAUGGCUGCCCCUUGAUAUUUAUUUUUGUAUUUUUCUUCGCAUUCAACGAAAUAACAAAAAAAAUCAUAAUUUGUUAAACUAUUUUAUUAUUUAUAUAAAAAUUCCACAUGCCAUGCCCACUUAACCAUAUGUUUGUGGGGUGUUUUUUUGUUUGUUUUUUUUUUUUUUUUGCUUUUUCACUAUGUUAGAAAUUGUUGAGUAUUGACCAAGGAAUUUGCAUAUUCUAUGCCAAAGUAGUGGCUUUGAAACAAUUCUUAACAGCUUCACUAUUUUGUCCAAAUAAUUUGCAGUUCUGCACAACUCCCAAUUCAGAGAAACCCCUCCCCACCAAAUGUAUAUUUUCUGUGUAAUAAUGUAGCUUCAGUAAAUAUAUAUCUCACAGUCCUAAUCUAUUUUUAUUAUUUCCGUGUGGCCUUGCCACACGCUGCACCUCAGAAUGAGGUGGCAAUUCUAAUUUAUUUUUUUUAUUCUCGGUCAUGUUUGAUUAUUGAAUGUAGUACUUGUAUGUAUGUUUUAGAUUGCUAGGUGUUUUCAAAGUCUCUAAACUAUAUGACCAUAUUUGCUAUUGUGCGAUCUUUUCUUGGACCUUGUAAGGUUUGGUGUAUGUUAUUAUCAUAUAGCUUUGCAGCAAUGAAAUAAAAAAAAUAGCACUCCUUAAACUAUACUAUAUUUUUAUUCUGUUCUGUUGGACUAAAUUGAUAAGUGCAAAUUCCAUGAUAUUAGUGGUGUUGUGGCCUGUGGGUGCUGGAGAGAGACCCAGUUAUUGUAAAACUGCUCCCAUAAUUUUUUGCCAAAAUAGCAUGGUAUGCUGCCCAUAGCCUCUUUGCACCAUAACCACUACUGUGACCUCUUAUAGCCAUACUGUAUCCCUUGGGAAGAAGGUACCAUACAAAGUGUAUUCCUGCUUUACUUAUACGUUUACUAUAACACACCCAUAUACAUAUUGCAAGGUAGAGAAACUUGGUACACUCUCUUAUCCAAAUGCUGUAUGUGUAAAAUAUACCAUUAUUUAGGUUGUUAUAUAUCCACCAUUACUGGAACAGUCCUUAUACACAAGAUAGUAGCAGUUUGAUCAUUUAUUUUGCCCUUUAUUAUUAUCUUAUGGCUGUAUUAAAAGAUCCCACUUACUGAUGUACUGACAGCUUAACACUUCGAGAGCGAAAUGAAUAAGAAGAACACUACUGAUUGCAGUGGGAGGCUCACCCUUUUGGCUACCAAGGGGUUAAACCAGCAGGAAAUAAUUCAUUUCCACUUUAAUGACCUAGGCUUGCGGUGCUUGGACAAUGGGGAACAUGCUUCGGACUUGUACUCCUAUUGCCAAUUAACACCUCCUAUAACAGGUUGCACAGCUAGUCGCUGAAGCAGACGCAGAAGCUGUAGUUUACAUGUAGCUUGUUUUUCACACUAGUUGUUUAAUACUCACAAAAUUAAAGCAUUAAAAGGUUGAUUCUUGGCUUCUAGAGUAUAUCGUAUAUACAUUUUAAUUUAUUUUUUUGUAACUGCAUUCUCCACCUUUGCGGUAUUAAAGGUUCUGAUUAGUGCGGAAUGAAACAUCCUUAACUGUAUCAAAUGUUCCCCUUUUCAAAACGUAUCCUAUUCAGAUACUUUGCACAGAUAACAUUUUAAUUUAUUUUUCUAGAUAACAACUUUGCUGCUCAUUAUCAGCGUGUACUUUUAUCUUUCCUCACCGCGUUUGCAUAUUUAUUUUCUUCUGCAGAGACCUUCUGUUUACCUGUGAAAUAAUGUAAUGUUCACACCUAUGCAAGGACAUUUCAAAUCUAUGCAUCAUAGAAAGCCCUGCUAGAAAAACCUGCCUCGUUAUUAGAAAUAAAACGAUGCAGUCCCUGAACACCUCCGUGAAAUUGACUCAAUCUGGUUGGAUGUUUUUAGCCCUCGUUAAUGUUCAUUACCUGGUAGGCAUAUUUACACCAAACAGAGUUCAGCGUCAGAUUGCAGUUUUCCUAUCAGUCGUUUUGACUCUUGUUUAAUCAGCAGGUAUUUAAUAAACCUGGCUAAGUAAGUGAUGUAAGUUCACACCAACGGGAAGGUGAAGCAAAACGGCUAAUAGUGUUAAUAAAUUUGCUAAAAGGCCUGAGCAGAUAGCACAUUAGAUUUGUGCUGUUACCAUUUCAAAUGCCUUCUGUAGCUCUUUGUCAACAGACAUUGCCCAUGUGAUAGAAAUAAGACAAUACUUUGCAUUUCAACAUAAGCAAAAGCUGUAAAUUGGGUAACUUAACAGUGGAAAGAUGGCGUUGUCUAGAAAACAUUUUUCUUCUUGUUUCUUGUUAAUUUCCAGCAAAUUACAAGCUGCUCUCAUUAAAUACUCCUCUGCUUUGAUUUAAGAUACUUGACCUAAUAUGCUAUGACGUUUAUUAUUUCUCUGUUAGAUCUCUUACUUUCUGAAGUUGCCUUUGUUUUCUGCAUGAGCAGUUCUGUCACACCGUGCCUUUUAAAAAAAAUCUUUUUGUAUUUUUAAUAGUAGUUUGAGACAUAGAAGUGGUAGGCUGCCUUUCUGUCAUCUUCCCAAUUAUAUUAUCAUGAUAUCAUCAUUAUCCUGGUUUGUGACUUAGUGAAAGCUCAGGAUGGGUUCUCCAGGUUUCAGAUUGUUUUUGCGUCCUGAGUGAAGGCUGUGAUUAUUGCCCUGCAGGCAGGUCAUCUCACUGGCUAACACUUUUAGACAGUUAAAGGAGGAUUGAAGCAUCUAUACUUUUUAGAGCAAAAUCAGUCAGAUCGAUUUUUCAAGAGUCUUGUAACUGACCCCCCUGCAGAAUGUCAAGAAUUUUCCCAUGCCGCGUUAUUUUGCUUUAUUAUUAUUCUUAUAUAAUUUGCAAUAAUUUCAUCUCCAGCUAUCCAGUAUGCAAGCGAUAUAGUUGAAUUUUAUUAACCAGUAUUAUGAAAUAGAAUUGUAGUUUUUUUUUUGUUUGUUUGGUUUUUUUUUUUAGUUGCUGCAACAACUAUGCGUCUGGCUCAUACUGGACAAAUGGUUGAUCAUUUGCGUCUAUUUUUAAUAAUGAUGCAGCUGUAGGCUACAAUGUUACAACAGAAUAAAUUAUUAUAUACGUGUGUUUAUAAGCCCAUACCACUUUUGACCAGCUCCACAUGACACUGCUUUGGGUAAGUUAAUAGCAAACUGCACUUCCAUUAUCUCACAGUAAUUUCAUUGUGGCUUUUCAUGACAAGGUAUGAACUAAAUAUCUCACAGACCCCCGCUGAUCAAAUACUUAAGUCAAGCACGUCAAACUGAAAAGUAAAAACCAACGGAAAAAAGUUACCUGCGCUCUUUCCACAUCCCUAUGUAUUUUUAUACAAAUGGAGGUUUUUAGGUACCUCCAUUGGCCAUGAGAGGUUAUGCCCACCUGCCACGUCAAGGCAGACCUCUUAGCUGUGUCCUAACUCUAACCAUUCACCUUGCUUCCUUGAGCUUCUGGCAAAGAUAUCUCUGAGACAGAAAGGGGUAUUUUUUUAUUUUAUAUAUAUAUAUAUAUACACACACAUCCCUACAUUCUUAUUAAACCUUAACAGGGAACACAUGGGAUGGGCAGCAGCAUUGUAAUCUAGCUGUGUGAUACAAAUACAAAGAAACAAGUCCUGCGCUCAAACUCCCAUUACUCCUGGGCGGCAGCAAAGACCAUAGUACACAUCAGCCAAAAUACAUAUAGUAUUCUUUCCACAUACCUAUGUAUUUUUAAACAAAUGGAGAUUUUUAGUUACCUCCAAUGGCCAUGAGAGGGUAUGCCCACCUGCCACGUCAAAGCAGACCUUUUUUCUUUGGUUUUUACUAUAUGUAUUUUGGCUGAUGUGUACUAUGGUCAUUGCUGCCGCCCAGAAGUUUGAGCGCAGGACUUGUUUCUUUGUAUUUAUUUUGAAAAGUACAGUAUUAAAAAAAAAAAAAAAACAGCAUCCCCCUCUACUAAAUCCCAGUCGUCCCCUCCCUUCCCGUUCUCUACUAAAUCCCACUCUAGCCAACAAGCAGACUCCACUCACGUUACAGCUGCCAGUAUGCGACUCCGUAGACCAGUCUCUGGUAUACCUCAAAUUGUGCUGUCCGCAUCCUGUGUCAAAGUGGUCCUCCCGCUACUUCUUGAAGCUCUGUGAAGGUGGAGCACGUCGACGUCAAGUGCGGCGUUGCGUGCCUCUGUGCACCUCCAGGUACUCCACUGUCCAGCCGCGGUCAUCGUCACACACAGAUCCACUCACUGAUACACACAGACUGGCACAAACGCACUGACACACACAUUUACACAUUCUUGCAUACAUUCACAUAAUUCCCUGGGGUCCAGUGGGAAUAGUCUAUCUGGAGAUCCCUUCCUGCUCCUCACUGUUCCCUCGCGCCCAGCUUUAGUGGUGCCGGAAGACUGAGCUCCCUUGCUGCCGCCAGCGUCCUGCUUCCUCUCCGGUCAGGUAAAUGUUAGCACAGUAGGCACCUGCAAUGCAGAAAAAAAGCAAGUGCCUACUCUGCUUUAACACCAAGCAUGUACUCGAGGCUCACUGUGCCGCAAAGACGUCCAUUGUGGGCCGCGAGUUUGACGUGCUUGACUUAAGGGAUAUCAUCCACUCUUCUUUUUGGACUGUGGGGUAGUUGGGAUUGGCUGAGUAUUUUCAGUUGCUUCCUGGUGUGAAGAGCUCACGGCAAAAGCUACUGAUCUAAUGCUUUGCAGAAAACUUUAGAGGCAAGUAUAUUUUUUAUUUAUUGUAAACCAUGUCUUGCCUUCCAGUCUGCGGUGCCCUUUUAAUGGUAUUUACAUAGUAGUCAGUGUUCAAAAUCUUGAAAAAGACUUGGUGCGAGGUCAAAACGUUGAUCAUGUUAUAAACACUGUUUUCACAUUAAAAAGAUUAAUCGUGGAAGUUCUGAAACUUCACCUUUUUUAUGGUUUGUAUGGGCACACGAAAUUGCACCCAGGCAUGAGCUCAUGUACAACAUUUGCUAAGACUACCUUGCACCUCAUAGAUUGUAAGCUCCUUUGAGCAAGGCAUAUUUUUACCUUUUAAUUUGUGUGUCAACUACUUGAAAAAAAUCUUACUAUCUAUAUUACUGUAUUAAUAAUUUAACCUGAAAAAUCUUUUAGUUUUCUGUUAUAUUUAAAGCGAGUGUUUUGUUUUUUAUUUCCCAUACAUUUUCUAUUUUUGUGACAGACAAGAAUUUCUAGAUUUUGAUACGUAUUAUAGAUAUAUAGUAAUUGUUUGAAAUGUAAAUAAGAUUGUUCUAGGUUGUUACUUUGUAAAUCUGUGGCUUUUUUCCCACAGCUUUGUCUGUCUAGUGACAUUUCUUUAUCGUCUUAAAGUGUCUCGCCUAUGUUCAGCCCUAAGCUCUGUAAAGGUGAUGCAAGUUUAAAUUGGGUGGGGUGGGGCUUUUUUUAAUUUAUUUUUUUAACCAGUUAAACAUGCCAGUCCAAAAGUACUUACAUUCACACCAGCUGAAGAUGCGAGAGAGAUAAUUAGGAAAUCAGGGAUUAUUUUGCUGUUUAAGGUGGCUUAAAUAACUGACCCUUCCGCGGCUAUUCUAUGAUGUUACCUUUUAUGCUACCAGAAAUUUCAAAACGGACUUCUAUAUUUCUAUACGCUAUGUUAAUUUUACAAAAGGAAAUAAUUGGAUUAAAGAUCUUUUAUUCUUUAUCAGUUCAAAAUAAUCAUAAUUUCUGACCUUUUUAUUUUUUUAUUUUUUUUUGCUCUUGCGUUUCAGGGACCACCCACAGAUGCUCCUGCGGUGGAUACGGCAGAACAGGUGUAUAUAUCCUCUCUGGCUUUGCUUAAGGUAAGUUUCCAUCUCAUAUUAAUGCCUAUGAAUUACAAUGUUUUAACAUGAAUCUCUGUGUCUAAGCAAAGCAGACUUAUUUGGGUUGCAUAAGUCUGCACUUGGUCCGUUGAAAGUCCUGCUGUAAAACAGGUGGCUUUCGGUGACUUUUCAGUUGAAGUUCUUACUGUUCAUUUAAGGCGUCAUAUAUAGAUGUCUUGUUAAUUAAAUAUAAGCAUUUAGUUGUCAUAAUGUAGGGAUGAUUUUGUGUGCAAGGCCAUAGUGGGAAUGCAGAGCUAUAUUUGUUUGGAAUCACAGUUUGUGAAUGCAUUGGUGUAUUUGUGUGCAGUGCCAGUAAAUUUAGGGGUGUAUUUGUGUGGACUUUCAGUGUGUUUGAAUGCAAGACAGGUGCCUGGUGGGUUGUACUGUAGUGGAUUUACAAAGCAAAAUUAAAACCUUCCAUGAGCUGGUCUUUCAACUAGCCUUGGCACAUCUUUCUUUCCACAAUUAGCCCUGUUUCUCUACAACCGGUUAUCACAAGUGGUAAGUAGCCAUGGUUAAAUGUGAACCCCACUCCUAUGCUAGCUUGACACAGUUUGAUUUACACUCUCCCUUUGUGAGGGGGCAUGUGGAAGUUUUGAUUUCUGCACUAAUGAACUAUUUUAAGUUGAGUUGUAAUGUUACAAAAUGUUUCUUUAACAGAGUCUAUUUCACAAUAUAAAACUAUGUAAAUGUCUUUUGUGCAUGUUAAGGGGUAGGCGUUUUGCUACAAAAAGGUAUCUAUGCUAAUAUUGUUAGAUGCGCAGUAUGAUUUGGGUCAGCACAAGAGUAACAAUCACCCACUCUGCGUAAAAAUAGGAAACCUGUUAAUAGUUCUUGGCAGGUCAAAUAGUGUAAGGCAGAGUGAUUAUUAUGCAUUUUAUAGAUGUUAGUAAUGUCUAAGGUUCUAUAUUCUUGCAUUUAAAUUUUUAUGUAUUGUUUUAAUGUUUUGCUUAAAGUAAUUAGCAGAGCUGUAUUCCUAACGCUAUAGUGUCCCUCAUAGAAAAGACUUGAAUCAAUGCUUUCCUAUUGGGAUUUGAAAGAUGCUGGGCGUCCUUAUACUAAUCGUGAGGACGUCCAGCACUGCUUCACGUAGUUAAAAUCUAUGAAAUUACAGGAAGCUCCUUUAGUGGCUAUCUGAUAGACCGCUACUAGAGGCAGUCUUAAAAUUGCAAUAUAAAAAUUGCAGUUUCUCUAACUCUCCAAGGCUAAGGGGACAGGGACACUUCAAUGAAAUGAAGUGGUCUGGGUACCUAUAGUAUCCUUUCAAGUUAAUACCGUCUUAGAGACCUGGUCAUUAUGACUCAAUUGUAUCCUUCUGCUCUAAUAUUAUUUCAUUGUAUAUCUUCUCUGUAGAUGCUUAAACAUGGUCGUGCUGGUGUCCCUAUGGAAGUCAUGGGACUGAUGCUUGGAGAAUUUGUGGAUGACUACACAGUCAGAGUUAUUGAUGUAUUUGCCAUGCCACAAUCGGGAACGGUGGGUUUUUAAAUUUUGAAUUCUGUUUUACGUUUUGUUUAUUUAUUUCUACGUUUUCACUGAAAGUACUGUUUUUUUAAAAAUGAAUUAAAAAAUUGGAAAUUAGAUUUUUUGCAAUAUAGAACCACUACAUUGACUAGAUUAACUAGAGAAAAUAGUGAGUAAAACAGCAGGUACUUGCGACGGUAUCUGCUGUGCUAGAAAUUGAUAGCUCCAGCUUUUAGAAAUCUCACCCAUUUGUGAAAUGUUGAAGACUAGAUAAAUUACACUUGGUCGCCAGUUAAGACUAACUUGUGUUUUUGCUUUUAUGACCUUGGUUUCCCUGUUUUUGUGACCUCCAAUGAUUUGAUGGCCAUAUGGCUGGCUUGUCAACGUAGAAACAUAGAUCAUAGUUCAAAAGCUAGAAUUUCAAAAGUAUUUCUAUUGCUCCAUUAGAGGAACUCAUUAGCCAAGCCCCAAGGUUUUAGAGAUCAAGUUUGUUGGGUCAGUUUGAUGCACGCCUGUUGUGUAACAACUGAAAAUGUGCAGAAUUCUUUGCAGCAGAGUCUCUAUUGGUAAGGACUUGGGUCUUCAUCUUUUACUAAGUCCAACAGGAUGUCCUGUUUUCCUUAAAGCCCAUCUCACUGAAAUCAAAAGAAUCUGGGUUUUGCAAAGUUGAAUUCUCAAAUUUAAGAUUGUGUGUAAUUUGGUUAAAUUUAAAGCAAUACUGCUUCAAGCCAUAAGGAGGCAAAUGAUCUUAUUGUAGAUUAAUCCUGUGCAGAUUAGUGAGGUUUUUGCAAUAACCUGUUUAUAUGGUCUCAAUUUAUGUAAGUGGGUUGAAGUCAGAGUUUUAUGCAUUAAGUUGUUCGUUUCAUUUUCGGCAAACCCUUUUUGUGCUAUCCUUCUGUAGCCGAAAAUGGACUUUCCCAAACAUUUGUCACAAAGGUAGAAGCACAAAAUCCCCUAGAUUGUAAUUUUAAGAUGUGUAACCAUUGGAACCAAGGGAUCUACAUUAAGCAUUACAGUUGGGACUCUGCAGGCAUAUAACAUUAUUGUGGCAUCUACCAAAGGCACCAGUUGGGCUGAUGGAAAAGAGUGAAUAGAUGGUAAUUUUGAUACUUACAUUAGUAUAAUUAAAUCCACAGUGCUUUCUUUCACAUAUUGUAGAGAUUACACCAGUGCAUUAAAGUCACUGUAAACAUCUACUGCACAAUGCUACCACACACUAUGUAGCAUUGGAAAUAAUAAAUAGUUUGUGUGCAAUUGCCUUUGUACUCAUGUGUUGGCCUGCAUGUGCACACCUGCUUUUAUAGCAUACACACCCAGUCACAGUGCAUGCCAUAUUGGUAUUUGCUUCUCACUCACAAACUAACAAGGGACACCACAUUUUCUGAUAAACGUCUAAUAACAAUCAGUCUUUGCAAUGUAUAAUUGCAGCAUAUUAAAGGGGCACUAUAGUCACCAAAACAACUUUAGCUUAAUGAAGCCAUUUUGGUGUAUAGAUCAUGCAUCUGAAGUCUCAAUGCUCACUCCUUUGCCAUUUAGGAGUUAAAUUACUUUUUCUUCUGUGUAUGCAGCCCUAGUCACACCUCCCUUGGCUGUGACUGACAUAUACUGCAUGAAAACAAAAUUGUUUCAUUUUCAAUAAGACAUAACUUAUUUUAAAAGGUUUUUAUCUCCAGCAAAUUCAACUUUAAUAACAUGCACAAGGCUCCUGCAGGGUCUGGCAAGCUAUUAACAUAACCAGAGAGAUAAGAAAUUCUACAUUACGCAGCAUUUCCAAUAAAGGAAGUGUAAACAUUAGAUGACUCUUUACAGGAAAUAUUUAAAGGAACACUAUAGUAAAAAAAAACAACUUUUGCUCAAUGAAGCCGUUUUUGGUUAAUGAGACAGUCUUUCUGCUCAAAUCUCUGCCAUUUAGGAGUUAAAUUACUUUUGUAUCUGUGUAUGCAGCCCUAGUCACACCUCCCCUGACUGUGACUACUCACACAGACUGCAUGAAAGCAGAAUGGUUUUGUUUUCAAUUGGAUUUAACUUACUUUAAACAUUUUUAUCUUCUGCUCUAUGAGCUGAACUUUAAUCAUAUACAUGAGACUCCUGCAGGGUCUAGCAAGUUAUUAACGGAUUAGGAGAUGAGAUUUAAUAAAUUUAAACAAAAUUUGCAAUAAAGGAAGUAUAAACAUUAAAUGACUUUUUACAAAUGUUUGGAAGGCUGUGUAUGUCACAUGCAGGUUGAUGUGACACGGGCUGCAUAAAAAAGUGAUUUAACUCCUAAAUGGCAGAGAAUUGAGCAGUGAAACUGCAGGGGCAUGAUCUCUACACCGAAACUGCUUCAUUAAGCUAAAGUUGUUUUAGUGACUAUAGUGUUCCUAUAGCAUCUUCGAGAAAUGUUUUUGUGACCGAGAAAGCGCCUUUGGUUUAGAUUUCUGCACAUCUAAAAGCAGACCCAGACUGUUUUUGCAUCUUACAAUUCUGUAUGAAAAUUUGCAAGGCAGUAUGACUGAGGACUGGCAUAUGUGAUCAUGGUGGACUAAAGAUUUCCAUUCAUGAUGCUUGUGUCCAAUACCUUCUGCCAGCCAGAACAAGCAUGCUCCUGUAUAUCUUGCUUAUGUAACAAUUUUGUUAGUGUCGAGCAGUAUUUUCCGCACUGCAAUUGCUAAUGUUUGGAUUGGCCUUACUCAUAACUGUGUAGGCUUUCUACAAAACUGUCAUGUUUGUCACAAAUUGCUCCCUUUGCUAAUUAAUGUGGUUUUAGAAGAUUAAUCCUGCUACUUUUAACAGUUUUGUUCCUUGUUUUGUAACAGCAAUAACCCUUUACCAUUAGCUAUCUGAACAGCUUGGUUUGCAACUAUCAUUCCCUGCUGCAAAUAUUGAAUUAAAUUGUUCAUAUUUUUGUUCUAGUGCAUAGUUAGAAGAGAAGGGGGGAAAAAUGCACAUUUGCAAUCUUCUGGUUUUAAUGAGUCCUGUAUAUUUAAAAUGGAAAAGGAUAUGGCUAUAAAUAAGUGUGUGUUUUGCAGGGUGUUAGUGUGGAGGCAGUCGACCCAGUGUUCCAGGCAAAAAUGUUGGACAUGUUGAAGCAAACAGGAAGGUAAGUUCUUGCUUUUCAAAACUUUACUCCAUGAUGUUAUGUGAUCCGUAGGGGUGCUCUCUUUGCAUUUUGAGGAAAAUCAAGCUGCAGAUAGGUGAUUUGGAAGCUUUAAAUUAAAUCCAUUGAAAGUAAAGAGGGGUUUGUUUUAAUAGAUGCAUCCCCAUUUAAACUAUUUUUUGACUCUUUCAUUGAAAGCACCAUAACCACGUCAGUCUGUAUGAGCAGCAUAUCAGAAGUGGCACUCGCUAAAGGAAGUGAACGCUGUCUACAAUGGUGGUGUACGUUUUUAGGCAGAAAUAUUGUAACCAUGUAUCAACAGAAUAAAUAUGUUAUAUGACCUGAUAUCUCCAGGCAUUUGGAAGAAACCGUUCAGAAGUGUGUUCAACACAGUCCCCAGUAGCAGCAGAAACUUGAAAUGUGCGUUGUUGGAUUAUCUUUAGACAGAGCUGAACUAUGUAGAUAUUGCUACGUGCACCACCCUCACUGGUGCUUGAUUCUACUAAAUACAAAUGGCCAAAGUUAUCAUACCUUGCAUAUAUUCCUUGGUAGCGGUGCAGCAUAUCAGCCUAACGUUAACGUGGAUACUCUACUCUAAUAAUUCAGCCAGCAGCUAUCCAUGUCAUAAUAGAAGACUUCUAUGAUAUUGCUACUUGUCUGAACUUGCCUGCUGUCGAACUGUGGCUAAUAUUAGAGUUAGUGUAAAUGUAUACAGUAUAAGUGACCCAUACCUAUAAUAUGUAUUGCCUGUGAUUGCUACACACUAUCUUUUAUGCAUGGUUUGCAAAGAGAAUCGUACCUCUAUCUUUUAUUUAUCACCAUCGCUUGUCUAUAUGCUAUAUAAAUAUUUUCUCAUUCAUGUUCAUCAUGUUCACUUGUCACUUAAAGUAAUUCUAAUAAAAGUUAGUGAGAUGGUAGAAGCUCCUUAAACAAAGCAUUUUCUCCUCGUGACGGCUGGGGGCUUGAUAGCAUUUGAUAGUAGUAGCUUCCCCUUUCUUUUUUUCCUUUCUUUUUUUAAGCAUGGGAAAAAUACAUAAGACAGUAUUCUCUACUUUAUCCUAUUAUAUCUGUUGCAUGUAUUGGAAUCUCAUUGAAAUUCCAACACCAUCUUUAUAAGCAUUUCAUAAUGGGGAUUCCUUUAUAAGAGAGUAAAUAUCUGAACCACUAAAUUAUUGAGUUCUAAAGAAGUAUAUAAUUUUGGGCAAAAUAGUCUAUUUUCUAAACAAUAACAUGCACAUGCAGUUCUCUUUUAUCUGUUUGUUUUUUUCUGGCAGUGUUUGGAUCGUUAAUACCUCUAUAUCUAAAAGACUCUACAAUUCGUUGCUACUGCGCUUUUUAAGUUGCAAGUUUUUGGCUUGGUAUUUCUGUACACCUUGGUUUUAACGAAGUUGUAGCAAAGCUUACCCACCAAUGAUGACAUUAAUUGCUUUAUUAGUAAACAACGCUAUCUAACUUUUAACGCGCACACUGUAAUUCCACAGAUCAUUUUUUUUAAUGCAAUUUAAUUCUUUACCUCUCAACAGUUGUCAUGUACGAGCUCAAAAUUCUUUUACUGUGAAAAAAAAAACUUCAAAAUUAAUGUUAGCAAAAGGCUCAGCAGCUGAGCGGAACAGUGCAAAUUGCUUUUUGACUGAGUUCCUAGUUGUACUGCUGGUUUAAUUGAUAUUUAAAGAGAAGAUAUUUACUCAAGUGCUGAAAGGGUAAAAACUGGCUCUGGGAAGGUGUGGUAACAGGGUGAAAUACUGAAAGCACGAUCUACUAUUGCUAAUGUGCAUCCCUUAAUGAUACCACUCUUUUGUCACACUUAUUCAUUUUCUUGCUUUCACAAUGAUACUAUGGUGAAUGUUCCUAAUGGUGGCUUUUUCACACCAGCGAGUUUCCUGCUCCUCAUCCUAAUUUAUACUCUGCUAGUUUAAUGCCUCUUUUCAUAUCUUGCAACGGUUUUGCUUGUACUGUUUGGUAUCUGAACAUUUUUUUUUUUUUGUUUGUUUCAGGCCCGAGAUGGUGGUCGGGUGGUAUCACAGCCACCCCGGCUUUGGAUGCUGGCUUUCUGGAGUCGAUAUAAACACUCAGCAGAGUUUCGAAGCCCUGUCGGAGAGAGCAGUAGCUGUAGUAGUGGAUCCUAUUCAGAGCGUUAAGGGAAAGGUAUGAUGGAAAACAUUAUUUAUUUCCUUCACAUUAUUUUCUAGGAUGUUCGCAUUCCGAGCUCCUGACUUCUGUUCUGUCCGCAAUAUAAAUGCAACUCCAUUUUAGUGCUCAUUAUAUAUAUAUGUACCCACGUAUCUAGGCUUGCUUUUGUUUAUUACUUUUUAUUUUAUUUAUUUUUUAUCUUUUUCAGUUUUUCCUAUCACAGCAUAUAAUUAUUAAGUCAUUUUCUUCCUAAGAGGCCUCUAUCAAAUUCACAGUCAAUAUAGUUCCCGUAGCUUUUUAAAGCGCUGCCUAAUUUUAAGCAGUUAAUGUUCCCUUUGUCCAUUAAUUGGUUGAUUUUUAACUCUAUGAAAGUGAGCUUACCCGUGUUAUCAAGAAAGUACUGAUUAUCCAAUUACAUCUGCCUCUUCUACAGAAACUGUCCACCGCAGACCGAUGCUUUUUUUCAAUGUACUCAUUGCAUUUUAGACAAAGUUUCCCUAAAGACUUCAUCCCAACCAUUCACAUUUUGUCGCAAGGAAACAGAUGAAUGGCUAAGUGUGCGAAAUGUGUUUUCAAAAGAAAUUAACGUGCAAAGCAAAUUGGGUUGUAGUUCUCCUUUGUUUAAAUCUCUUUUGUUCUUGUUUGGUUUUAGUUUUUUUUUUUUUUUCUCUUCUUCUUUAGUUCGUUCUAGCCCCAUAUGCCAUUUUCCUAUUUCCUGCCUCGUGACAGCAGGGUGCAGCUCUAUUAUCACCUUCACAGAGCUGUCUGCAAAUGUGAGAGGCAAUUCGAUUUUGCUCAGCCACAGGGAGAGCGGAUUAGAAAAAGUCAGAAUAUACAGAAAUUGGCUUGAAUGGUUUACUGCUUUAAAAUACUGCUGAGGUGUCUUGUUGGAACAUGUCACUUCCAUUGUAAUGUAAAAUAAUAGAUAUGAUAAAAUGAUCGCAAUGCAUUAUUAUGGAAGUUCCUCUUAAAAUAGUCUGUCAUUAUGUAUCUAGCUAAACAUUUUACAUCUGCGAGCAGGAGCCAGCACAGUCUGUUUUGGGGAAACUUCCCAAGCUGCAUUUACAUAAUAUUAUAUUUGGUGUUUUUAUCUGAUGCAGUUCUCAGCAAGGUGGCGUACCUGAAAUAUUAAAAAUGAGCAACAUCAGUGUUCUAUUAACAAUCUUUUUCACUAGCUGCAGCGUAACAACUUAGCAAAGCAAUUUUUCUUUUAUAGAGAAACAAAUAUUGGGUGUGCAUUGCUUAAAUGCACUUUAUUAGAUAUUUUUUGCUGUAAUUUUUUUUUAUUUCUUUCAACGUAAACACGAGACAAGUGUAAAAUGGAAGCUUGUUUAAACAGGGUCUUCUGUUCCUCUGUGCAUAAUUUUCUUGUUGCAACUAUUACUGCAACUUGUUUGUUCAUCCACCUAUUUGUUGACGUUUUACAAAUAAUAAUUACUGUGGUGGCACGAUGAGGCCUGGCUCCUCUGUAUUAGAAAACAAAGGUUAUUACCAAAUUUACUGUUGAAUUUGCAAAAUACACAUAGACCUGUUUUACUUCAGGGCUAUUCGGAGAUACAAAUGUUAUUGCUUUAAUUGUCGUCAUCUAUAUAUACAUAUGUGUACACCAUACACGCAUGUUUAUGUAUUUAUAAAUAUAUAUAUAUAUAUAUAUAUAUAAUUUGUAUUUAUAAAUACACAAAUAUGCAUGUAUGUGUAGACGUGUGUGUGUGUGUAUAUAUAGGUGACAACAAUUAAAGCAAUAAAAAUGAGAUCUGAUUAUCAUCUGUUUACACAUACAUCAAUGUUUGUGUAUUUAUAAUUUAGUUAUUUGUGUGUGUGUGUGUGUGUGUGUGUGUGUGUAUAUAUAUAUAUAUAUAUAUAUAUAUAUGUGUGUGUGUGUGUGUAUAUAUGUAUGUAUACACACACAAACACACAAUGUAUUUAUAAACAGAGAGACACACACCAUUCUAGAUCAUUUCUUUUGGUUUAUUUCUGGAUACUAUUUGCAAUGUCAAAUAAUACUGAUGAAAAUUAGGUAUUUAAAACCAAUGAGUUAUAAAAAAAUACUUUAAUUACUAUUAAAAGGCUUAGUGAACCCUAAUGGUAAGUAACCUCAUAAUUCUAUUUAAAGUAAGCUUUCACUUUUUUGGAUGGUGGGAGGAGGCAAAAAGUAGGGCACAACUAAUAUCUGCCAUAUUUUAUCCUUAUGUGUAAGCAUGGGAAGCAUUUGGUACACCUAGACUUUGCUUCCUUGUAAUACGUUACCACAUCUCUAAUGCCAGGGAUUUAAUUUCAGGAAGAUGUUGCAGCAUCACCGGAAUUAUUUUACAUUUAUAUGUUUAGUGUUGUGCAAAAUCCAUAAAACCUGUUACAUUAUAUACUCGGGCAGCAGAUUACAUCUACUCUCUGAUUGAGCUGCCACUUGAACAAUAAGUAGCAAUAAUAUGGUGUGUAGUUUGUAAUAAUGCAUUUAAAAAAAAAAUACUUAUGUACAUUUUCUUAAAUGGCUUAAAGGUAACUGUGGUAGAUGUGUGUAGAUCAGCUGAUGUAUAGCUUCAAUUGAUAAAUUGAGUUGUGUACAUGCAAUUUUACAUGCUUAUGUGUUGUAUGGAAAGGGUUACACUUAAAUCCCACUUAUGUAUUUCCAUCUUGUUUAUAAAUAAAAUCAGAGCGAAGAAUUCUCGACGGGUGUAGAGAGAAAAUGCACUUAUUCCCAAGAAUCUGUCUUUCUGAAGCCAAAAUUGACAUUGUAUAAAUAAUUUGAAUGUGUCUAACCUGAAGCACACAAUCACAGUAAUUCAGUGAUAUUCACUUGGCAUCAGUCAGUUUCAGCUCUUUGUGCUUUCCAUCGAAAAUGGCAUAAAAAGUCUGUUUUCUGUGAAUUUUUUAUGCUGUGGGCUUAGAGGAGGCAGUAGAUGAUGCUUUUCUCUUGUGGAUGCCUGACAGUGCACGGCAGCAGAAGUAACCAAAUAAUCAUAAACCCAAGCUGCACUCACAGGGUCACAUGCCCAGUUUAAUAUUUAACGAUUCUAGAAGGAGAGCAGGAUUUUGAUAACCGAUCUGUUGCAGGUGAUAAAAGAAGCUUUAGAUGGGACAUUAAUCCUCUACCACACCUGGCACAUCAACAAUGCCUGUGUGAUCACAGAAUACAUUACAACAACAUGGUCCACAAAAAAAUGUAAAUCAUGCAUGCAAGAAUCUUAAACUGGUGUGCCACGAACAGGCAGUGAUCAUUCCAGCUCUCUGGUUGCCGUGUUAUGGAAGAUACAAUAAUCAGUAGCCAGAGUAUACACAUGCAUACUUUUAAAGACAAUAUUACAUAACAAGCUUUUCUUUUCUUUUUUAAUUCAAUGAGUUAAAACAAUAUCCCCAGUAGGUUAGUAUGAUUUUUACAAUAAAUUAAUGAGGUAAGGGCCUUUUUGUUUCCAGAGCAGACACAUCUUUGCACAUUGACUGCUGGUGUUUAGAGACUUUAUCACUUGAAGACUUUUUUUUUCCUCUUAACCUGUUGAGAAUAUUGUUGUAAAUUAAAUUUAGAUUAUUUUCGCUUUAACCAAGCUGUAGUAGUAAUUUACUAGCUAAGAAUCUGACAUUUUUUACUGUGUAGGUGGCCAUCUUGGAAAUGCAUUGUCAAAAAGAUUUGCUUCUUGCACAGUUCCAUGCAGCGAUGCCCUGAUUAGAUUACAGCAUUCCACUUUUAACACAAUGUGUGGAAUGACUGUGUAGAAAAGGCUUGCUUUUUGUGCAUCUUGAGAUAAGACCACUGUGUCCCUCUCUCUAUUUCACAUGCGUGGCUCCAGUAGCUGGAGGUAGAUGCUUGAAGCUCUUCAUUGUGGAAGCUGCCAUUUUAUUUCUAGCAAGUAUGUCUUCCUUUAGCUUCUCUCCAGUCACUGCUCACCAAGCCUGCAUGUCACCUUUGGAGAUGUUUGCAAAAUAUGCAUUGAACCUUAAAAACGUCAGCGCUGCUUAGAGGUUAUGAAGACUAGACAGAGGAUGAUGGCUCUUUCAUUGUCUAUGUUGUAUUCCAUUUAACAUUGAACUGUGAUUUGUUGAUGUUUAAUUAAAGAAUCCUUAAAUCACUAAGUACAAAAGGGACACUGCACAAUGAGCUAGAGUUGUCUGGGUACCUAUAGUGUCCCUUUAGGUAACCAAAUAUGUGGUGUGUUACAGUUUUGGUUACCUAGACUGCAGAAACAGUCUUCACACUUGCAGUCUAUGGGAGCCAGUCACAAGAAAUAUUUUGGUCUCAUCAGACAAGCAGAGAAACAUAUUUAAAUUGCCAUGAUGACCUGCUGUCCUGGAUUUGUUUAGUAUCUUGUAUGUGUUCACUAGCAGCCUACAUAAAGUGUGACAGAUCUUUCCAUAAACCAGUUUAAGAUAGUAAUGUAAAUUGAUUAAUAUUGUUCUCACCUGACCAAGCUGUAAUGGGUGCAGCUGGAAUUAACAAUCGAGAAUGUUCGUAUUUCAGAGUGGAGGUUGCUCAUUUAGAAUACCAUAACAAUUUUAAACCUUUUCUGACAUUUUGUGAUAUCAGCAGCCAAUCAAAAUGUGUUUUAUUUAUUUUUCCAGUGUAAAUCCUAGCCCAACUUUCUAGCAAAUGCGAAAUGAUGAUCUGUGCCCAACAUGCACGUGGCAAGCAGGAAAUAUAAUUUUCUUUUUCAAUUAAACCGCUAUGGUCUAUAUUUAAAUAUGAUGAUAUACAGAAUGUAUAGAGCCACUCAAAUGCUAUUCACUUUAGAAGUCUUAGUCUUAGAAGAUUGAAAGGAACAUAGAAACCGGAGGUUGAGUAGGUUCUGCAAUAUAAUAUUUUGCCUACUAGUCAGUUUCAUAAUUUCGGUGUUUUAGGCCACAAUUAAUCUAAAUUUGUAAAAUGUGUCUUGAAAGAAACCCAACGUCUUGGGUAGCAUUUGUGUUGAAAUUGCAGUGUUUGUAAUUACCUCAUUGUCUCUGGAGGAAUCACUAUGCUGUAGAGCUGGACGUUAAUUAGCUGCUAAUUUGACCAAUAAGGUUAAUUAAUGUACAAUGACAAGGUCUCCAACUACCUGUUAAUUUCUACAAUUUGUAUCAGUGUCUGUCAACUGUAAUGAGUAUGACUUUAAAGCACUGGAGUUAGAUUCUAGAAUUUCGUGGCCAGAUCGUGGCCCCACAUACUGAUUACCUGUGUUUAAAUACAGAUAUGUAUAUAUGUUGUAGCAUUUUGUCCCAGUUUGUUUAUUCUCAGGGUAAUAUACUCCUUAUCUGUAGUGAAAUGCAUAUUUUAAAAUCCUGUUCACUUACUAUAAAAAUUAAUGUAUUGACCAGCAUGUGUGGAAAUAUAAUUCUUUAUAUUAAUUGUGGAAACAUGAAAAUGCAUACUCGUUUGUGAAGCCAACACAUUCUUUUAUAUUUGAGUGCAAAUGUAGUGGACAAGUGCACAAUCACAUGAUUCAAAAAUGAUCUUUAUUCUUUCCAGAAAUAUUAAAUUUUCCAAUUUUUGUUAUGCCUUGGAUGUGGUCUUUCUUUGAAAUUGUUAAAUCUCAAUAUAAUCUGGAAUUAAAAUAAUUAUUUUUUUUGUUCAUUGUAAUUUUGGAAAAAUCUUUCGUAUAUUUUGUAUUUCCCCUUUCUGAUAGCCAUCGUUUUGCACCUUCAAGAACACAUGAUUUUGCCUUCCUAAUGCAUAUUUCCACCAUUGUCUAAAGUCUUCAUGAAUAGGAAUAAAUAUGUUUGAGGAAGAGGUAAUUUGUUUACUUUUUAAAUACUGCGACAUGGCCCAAAAAAAUCUGAAAUUGACAAAUCUCUUUAAAAUGAAAGUUUAAGGUUUCAAUUUCAAAAAAUAAAUAAAUUAAUGAGCAGGCUACCAGCAUCAUAGGUCAUGGGAGAAGUAAACUGAUUUUUUUAUUUUUUUAUUUUAUUUUACUGCAAAAAAAAUCAAAAAACACUUUGAAUGCAAAAAGAAAAUCUACAUAUAUAUAUUUCAAGUAUAUCACUAUUUACAUGGAGUUAGUAUGCUUAAAUAGCACUAUGUCAAAAUGAGGCAGAUGACAAUUUCAUGCAGGCUUUUUUUUAUUAUUGUCAUUUAGAGGGAGCCAAUUUUUGAAGAUUUUAUUGUUUGGAAAUAAUCUGGCAUUUAGUUUAUUUUAGUGAAAAUAUUUAUUUUUACAAUCCACGGGUCAGUCACCUGCCAUCUUUGUAUAGAAUAAAUAUGGAAUCCAAAUUCUUGUUUUUCAAGCCAUGAUGGAUUUACUAGCUAACACAGAUGUACAAAAAAGAUGCAGCUUCUAUUUUCUAUUGACAGCUUCCAAAUAUUUAGUAUCUAAUUCCAAGAGAUGCAAUUAGUACAGAAACCAUGAUUCUCAAACCACACAUCCCACCAGCUAAUUAUAUUUGCAAGGUCAGAGAAAAUACAUAUUUUCAGAAAAAUAAAGGGCUGUACUAAUAUGUGACUUGUUCUUGGCUGUUAUAUCACAGUUUGUUGAUCUGGAAUAUAAUGUGUACAAUUCACAAAUUUGAUAACAGAAAGUGGUGUGUGAUUGUGUUUAUUUUAUAACCAGUAUAUUCACAGCAAUCACUUCCAAAUAUCUCUCCAGUAAAGAUGUGUUAAUUACAAAACAGACAAGGUCUUCUAUUAUAUUAAAGAUACUAACAAGAAGACAGCAGGAAUCACACAUUUAAAUAGCAUCAUCAGCCCCUAUUUUAGUGCUCUGUUUUGAUCCGUGAGAUACUCCUAGACCAAAGGUUCUAUUAAAGACGGAGUGUAUAAAAUAGGCAGCAUUAUAUGAACAAAAUUUAUUCAACAAGAAAACAGACCUUUAACUUGAUUUUAACAAGCCUGUGAAAUUAUAAGCAAUCAUAUGCUGCCGAUUCAUGCAGUGAUAAUAAAGACAAUGACUGGAGGGUUCCCUGUGCUACCGAAACUGCUAAUGGUUUUGUUAUAAAUUGUCAUCUGCAGCAUUGACCUCAUAAGUCUCAGUGUGGCUACGAGAAGAGUGUGGUCAGGAGUAUUGUUUGAUAGAUAUUUUUAUUGAGUUCUAGAGUUGCAGCAACAAUCCUAUUCACGAAUAAAUGUAUGCUUUUGUAAUAUGUAUAACCAGUUGUUAAUACAUUUAAAACAAAAGAAACAUGGCCAACUCUUGUUAAAAUCUAAUUAAUCUUUACCACCUCUGUUGGUGAUUAUAAUUGUUUAUUGAUAAUUGGUGCGUUCAAAAGCAAGUGCUGAUUUAUUUUUAAUGCACAGUCUUCUUCUGUAAGUCACGGAUAUUGGAUAUGGUUAGGAAAAAAAAAAAAAAAAUAUUGUUACAGAGAGAAAGAUUAUAGAUAGGUGUGUAAAUAUGUGUAUACAGGAGUUGGAGAGCACAACAAAAAGCCCCAGAUAAAAAUGAGCUGAAAUAUGAAAUAACUCAAACGAAAUUCCUUUCCGAAUGCCCUCCAAGAUCAAAUUAUAAAUUUGCAAUGUGCGUCUCUUGUAAAAGACACCGGUCAUUAUUGCAAUGUGCUAUAGAGGCCCUAUUCUUUGUUUCUUCAUCCUCUGUAGUCCAUGUCUGGUUUACCCUACCUUGAGCUCCUGUUCUGAGAAAUGGGUGGUAUCACCCUCCCUGAACACCCUUAGCUCUCAUUUUCCUUAGCUCUCUUUAUGUGCAUUUUGGAAUCAAGGUACAUUUGUUUUAGGUGCCUGAUUUUUUUUUUUUUGGAUUGACAAUAGGGGUGCAAAUAAUAACAAUGUUAAGUCACUAACAGAGAUUUUAACACCACGAGAUGCAUCAUAAUGAAAUGGAAAUUGUGCUUAUAGAAAAUACCUAAUGUUGUAUAAUUUAUUAUUUAAUUGAAAUACAGGAAGCACCAUUGCAAACUGAAGAAGCCAAACCAAAAUGGCUAUUUCCAGAGUAGUCUCUAUAAAUAUAUAUAAUCCCUGCACUGUUGGAAAUUAGGGGAUAAUUAUUAGAGUUUUAAUGAUGUGCACACUUGGACAAACAGCCCUCUCAUAGCUAUGAUUGAAAGAAGCUUCAUAUAUUCCCAUGGAAUUGCAUACUUUGAUGUUUGUGACUCUACGUUUCCGCACCUCAAAUCUUUUACGAAAAACCCAUAUCCAACUUUGGCAUAACUAUUUGUAAAGCACUGCUUUUUUACAACCACUGCCGGAUUGUGACAUAUAGGACUAAUAUGAUAAAUACUAUCUACAUGUAAAUAGUUCACUGUAGCAGUCUGUUACAUUAUCAGAUACCAAUCAGAGAUUCCUAUCGUCUUCAUUGUAAAACCUCCCAUAGUAUAGAGUUGAAAUGUGCUGCUCAAUGUACUUACUGCACAAGGAUGUUCAAAGGUCAUCAGAAAGUCUUUCCAGCCCUCCCUUUGGAGCAAGAGAUUGAGUACCUUAUACAUUUUUAUUAAUUAUUUAAAUACCAAUGAGUUCUACAGCACAAGGAUGCAUUAAGUAAAGCUUAUUACCAAAAGUAAAGGGACAUUGCAUCUUAUAUAGAUAAUGCAUUAAAAAUGCAAAUAAAAUUCCUCAAAAAAUAUUUGUAAAAGUUGUUUUUACAAGCAACAGACGCACUCCCAGUGCCCCACAUCAGGAAGAAGAAUGACAAAUUGGAAUCCUCUUAUUCUUGGUUAUGUUGUCUAAUCAUAUCCCAUAUCCAUCAGUUGUGUUUAUUUAUUUUUUAUCUCUAAUCUAAAAAAAUGAAUUUGGCAGGCCUAGUGUCUCUAACGACCCAAAUGCAUAAUUUUAGAUGAAGGGUAAACCUUCAUCUGUGUUGUGCAUUUAAAGGGGCAGUAUACCUGCACAUUGUUUCAGUGACUCAUGAUUGAAGAAAGCAUAGCACAGAUUUGAACCUCUUCGUAUUUUAAGUUGAAUGUGAAUCUGGACAUGGCAGAAAGUUGCAUGAAGGGAAGACAGUUAAGUUUAACUUUGAAUGUGUGUGGUGUCUUUUGAAUAUUUUUUUUAAUAUUUCUUAUUUAGAAUACUUAACAAAUGUAAUUGAAUCCAUCCUGUAGUGUCCCUUUAAUAUGACAUCUAAACCUUUGCGCUCGUUUAGAAGGGUUGCCUACAGGAUUAUAGUCUGUAACAUCACAUUUUAAUAUUUCUUGUACUGGUCAUUAGUGUACAUAAUUUUGUCCACAUUGCAUUAUAUCUUUCGGAGUUUAAAAUCCACCCAUUGUAGAUCUUGUUUAAUAUAUAUAUAUAUAUAUAUAUAUAUAUAUAAUUUUUUUUUAAAUAAAAUACUUUUCUUCAAUUCCCCUAAUAUUUCUGGUACAUUCACAACACACCAUGCGUAAUAUUAUAGUGUAUCUAUUUGUUUUGUGUUUGUUUUGGGUUUUUUAAUGCGUACGAUACUUACCUUAAGUUAUUCUAUGGUCUGGCAAUCUAUAAGAUUUAACUGGUACAUAGUCUUCCGGAGUAUAGACAGAACUUGAGAACAGUCAAUUAAAAAAUGUCAACUGUUAGCCCUGCUGAAAUAGUGUUUUUCCAAGCAAAUAACAACAGGAUAAAAUCCAAAAGUUGUACAUAAGGUUUUCAAAUCUGUGGGAGACAAAUCAAGAAUACAAAGAUGACAAGAAAUUGGAAUCCAAAAGCUGAUGAAGCACAGAAUGCUUUUGGCAAGGACUUUAUGGUUGAGAUUCUUUUAAAAGCUGUGCAGAUUUAAAUGUGAUACUCUGUGGUUCUUGUCAUUCUACUAUCGGGCUAAAAAUAUGUGCAUUCAGUCAGAUCUAUUAAGAUUAAAACAACCAAGUUGUAACUGUGGAUUGCUGGAGCACAAUACAAAAAAAACUAAAGUUACAAUGCCUCCCUCACACCAAUAAAGAUGCAUUCACCAUACAUGCCCAUGAUCACAAACAAUUCUGUUUUUCAACCUACUCUAAAUAACUUGAGAAUUUUUUUUAAAACAUGGCAUGCUGCUGCAGCUACAGUAAAUGUUGGUCUUGGUAAUCUGCGUGCAUGCUCCCUGUGGGGAUUGAGUUAGAUCCUAGAGGUACUAAAUGAGUGUUUGUACACCUAGAGUGAAACAUGUUUUUGGGGUAUAUACUGGUGAGUGAAUUCAUGCUCCCUAGGGUUAAGUUGUGGGUUAAUGACAAGUUCUAAUAGUUUGUGAAAUUAUGCCCACUGGGGUCAAGGUAAGGUAGACCCUUAGGACUCUGUGCAUGCACCAUGAAGCGUUGGAACUUGAAGCGUACUAGCAGAAAAUAUAUUCGUCCACAUACAUUCAUAUACCUUCACAAUUAAAAAUAAAUCUAACUCUUAAGUAAGCAACUUGUCUGCAGGACACAGUCAUUAGUUCUAUUUUUCACGGUGGGCAAUCUCUCUAUUGCGGAAAUGAUCUUGUACGUUUUUGUUUUUCUUUCCUAUUGGUGUAAGGGAGUACCGAUCCAACGUUAUCUGAUUAGCACAUAUAUGUGAUGUAUACAUGCACACAGUAGAGUAAAGGAGCACUUUAUGCUGGAAUACCGAGGUGCUGGGUCUGGGUGCAACGCUGCAUUACUCCACUCUGGCAUAUCAUGUCUAGUAUUUUAUUAUGUCUUGUUCACAUGCUUUGCAUUGCAAGCAGGAUUUAUAUUUAGAUCCCAAUGCCCUAAAAUGUCCUCCUCCUUUCUUUUCUUUAAUCUUUUAUAUAUACGUGUUGAUAAUUUUGAUCAUUACAACAGCUAUGCUGGUAUUUUUAGAAAACCAAAUGCUAGAUUGUUUCCUCGUCAGAUGGGCUUUCAGUUCUGGCCACCAGGACCCAAAUGACAAAGUUAAAGAAAUGUUCCUUGCUGCUUAUAAUUUUGUUGUCAUUGCUGGAGUAUGUGUGUUAUUGAUCUGACAGGACUGGGCCGUAAACACUGUCCCUUAGCUUGUGCUCACUUUCACAUUUAACCUUUUGCCGACAUUAAAGAUGAGAAGUAAGCUAGUUGUCAAACCUUUGGAAGUUAAUGCAGAAAUCUGUUUAUAAAUAAGUAUUUAUUGUUACUCUGUGAUGCCAAGAAAGAAACAAUCUUUAAUGUUCCUUUUGCAUGCAGAAUGGCAAAGCCAGCAGGGGUUUCAUUUUAUUAAUAUUCUAAUUAAAUGAAUAUUUGGAAACCUGCCAACACUGAUAUGAAUUGUCCAUGCCUGGUCCAAUGUUCUGCUUGAAGGUUCUCAGAGGAACUGAUACAACUGUGUGUUUAAUUUCUUUCCAGGUUGUUAUUGAUGCCUUCAGACUCAUCAAUGCCAACAUGAUGGUCCUGGGACACGAACCUAGACAAACCACAUCAAAUCUUGGUCAUUUAAACAAACCGUCCAUACAAGUAAGCUCUGCUUUUUGGCAAAUGCGAAGUUUGUAAUUUCUGUAUAUUGGCUUUUAUUAGAUACCCAAACUUUAUUUUAUUUUUUCCUCCUUUGUUCUUGGUUAGGGUUCAAUCGAUGGCAAGAUCUGUUAGUUUUGUUUUUUUAUAGGAUGCACAGCCAGGCUGGAUUAGCAUAAUGUGGAAUGUGAUCCACAACCAUUGGAAUGUACAUAAUUGUACUUCACUAUAUUAAGUCUAAAUAACUUAUCACCUCCACCAUUUUAAUUGUUUACAUCCUUCUGUCCAUUUCCGCAUCCAGACAGUGUUUUUGCUAACUACUAAGUUUAAAAUGAGGAAAAUUAUAGUAUGAAUUUGGUAACUGUAUUGUGGAGGAAAUGUUUCUAAAUAUAACAUUGAGUUAAGUUUCCAAACCGUUUUAGGUUGUUGUAUUUUGUCUUUUUUUGUGCUAUGUGCAAAGACCCAAAGUAGACAUACCGAUAUUUUCUCAGAUGAUUAAUUAUGAACAGUCAUUAGUAGAGCAUACUUCUGGGUUGCUAACACGUUUGGCUCCUGCUAAACCAAGGUACUACAAUUACGAUUGUCUUGGGAGUUGUGGCCUUGUUUAUAAGGCUGAGGGUUGGUCAAAUGACUACUAUACUGUAGACCUUUUAAUUUCAUUGUUUGUUUUUUUUUUCGUGUAUUCUUUUUACUUUUCUGCACAAUAUGAGUCCUUGGAUUCAUCUGGCGUGCAUUACAUAUUACUAAAUCAUGCAAGCGUGAAUGUUGCAAUUUUAUACUUCAAGUAAAUCAAAUGCACAAUUUAAUGAGGACAAAAAUACUGCCUUUGUUUGUUUGGUGUGGACAUGCCCAUACUUGCAUGUUUCUAGAGAAUAAAUUAUGCCAGACCCUUUAGCCAGUGUAUAAUGACCUACCUUGUAAACAUCAUAGCAUCUUGGACUGUUCAUUAUUAUUUUAAGCUUAAGGACGUUGUGUGUCCAGCAUGAUUUAUUCCCAGUUCCACUUCUGUAGAUUACUAAUUGAAAGCUGGUAAAACGAUGUGCCUCUUUCAGACGUGUAAAAUAAUGGCCUGUGUUCACAUUGAAUAAAAUUUUAGCACGAUGUAACAAAAAUAAUGUAUUAAACAUUUGUGAGAUCAUAUAAAAAAAAAACGAAAAAACUAACAAACCUACUGUAUAAAUGUCUACACUGAACAAAAUUAAAAACGCAACACUUGUUUUUGUCCUCAUUUUUCGUGAGCUGAACUCAAAGAUCUAAGACUUUCUAUGUACACAAAAGGCCUAUUUCUCUCAAAUAUUGUUCACAAAUCUGUCUAAAUCUGUGUUAGUGAGCACUUCUCCUUUGCUGAGAUAAUCCAUCCAUCUCACAGGUGUGCCAUAUCAAGAUGCUGAUUAGACAGCAUGAUUAUUGCACAGGUGUGCCUUAGGCUGGCCACAAUAAAAGGCCACUCUUAAAUGUGCAGUUUUAUCAUACAGCACAAUGCCACAGAUGUCACAUGUUUUGAGGGAGCGUGCAAUUGGCAUGUCCACCAGAGCUGUUGCCCGUGAAUUGAAUGUUCAUUUCUCUACCAUAAGCAGUCUCCAAAGGCGUUUCAGAGAAUUUAGCAGUACAUGCAACCGGCCUCACAACCGCAGACCACGUGUAACCACACCAGCCUAGGACCUCUACAUCCAGCAUCUUCACCUCCAAGAUCUGUUAUGUUAAAUCAUGCCAAUUCCACCUCAAAAACAUCGCCCGCAUCCGCCCGUUUCUUACACAAGAUGCUACUAAAGAGCUUGUCCAUGCUCUAGUAAUCUCUCGCAUGGACUAUUGUAACUCUCUCCUAACUGGUCUUCACAAUAGCCGUAUUCUGUAAUGAAUGCUGCCGCCAGACUGAUUUUCCUCUCUAGUCGGUCCUCUCAGACCUCACCCCUCUGUCAGUCCUUACAUUGGCUUCCUGUAUCCUAUAGGAGUUAAUUCAAAGUGCUAACCCAUACCUAUAAAGCACUGAAUAAUCUUAGCCCCUCUUAUAUCUCCUCACAGAUCCAUAGGUAUGCCCCUUCUCGGUCUCUCCGCUCUGCCCGUGACCACCUUCUGUCCGCUGCUCGUACCCGUACGGCCAACUCGCGCUUGCAGGACUUUUCGCGGGCGGCUCCUGUCCUAUGGAAUAGCCUGCCUGCCACCAUCAGACUCUCCCCUAAUCUUCAAUCAUUUAAGAAGUGCCUUAAAACUAAUUUCUUUAGGAAAGCCUAUGGCUUCCCAGACUAACCUCUACCUCACAUACCUGCCUCUUGCUCUCUCCUAAAGGGCAGCACUCUACUCUCUCCUCCAACUCUGCUCAACUCCCACCUAAUUUGACUUCUAUUCCCUGUCCUAAUGUGUUUUAUACCCCACCUCCUAUAGACUGUAAGCUCGUUUGAGCAGGGCCAUCUUCAACCCUUUGUUUCUGUAGGUUUUCUUGUAAUUGUCCUAUUUAUAGUCAAAUCCCCCCUUUAAUAAUAUUGUAAAGCGCUACGGAAUCUGUUGGCGCUAUAUAAAUCGUAAUAAUAUCUUUUGAGACCAGCCACCUGGACAGCUGUUGCAACAAUCUGUUUGCAAAACCAAAGAAUUUCUGCACAAACUGUCAGAAACCGUCUCAGGGAAGCUCAUCGGGGUCUCGACCUGACUGCAGUUCGUCGUAAUUGACUUGGAUGGCGUCUGGCACUUUGGAGAGGUGUUCUGUUCAAGGAUGAAUCCCGGUUUUCACUGUACAGGGCAGAUGGCAGACAGCGUGUAUGGCGUUGUGUGGGUGAGCCGUUUGCUGAUGUCAACGUUGUGGGUCGAGUGGCCCAUGGUGGCAGUUGGGUUAUGUUAUAGACAACGAACACAGGUGCAUUUUAUUGAUGGCAUUUUGCAUGCACAGAGAUACUGUGACGAGAUCCUAAGGCCCAUUGUUGUGCCAUUCAUCCACCACCAUCAACUCAUGUUACAGCAGGAUAAUGCACGGCCCCUUGUUGCAAGGAUCUGUACACAAUUCCUGGAAACUAAAAACAUCCCAGUUCUUGCAUGGCCUGCAUAUUCACCGGACAUGUCUCCCAUUGAGCAUGUUUGGGAUGCUCUGGAUCGGCGUAUACAACAGCGUGUUCCAGGUCCUGCCAAUAUCCAGCAACUUCGCACAGCCAUUGAAGAGGAGUGCACCAACAUUCCACAGGCCACAAUCAACAACCUGAUCAACUGUAUGUGAAGGAGAUGUGUUGGACUGUGUGAGGCAAAUGGUGGUCACACCAGAUACUGACUGGUUUUCGGACACAUUUGCAAAUGGUAUGCGUUUAUGGAGUAAUUUUAAAUAUGUGAGCUACUAAAAUCUACCCAAAGGCAUCAUAGAUCAACCUUUAAUUUGUGUUUUGUUUUUAACUGCAGUGGACAGGUUAUAUAUUUACAAAAACCUGACAAGGGUAUAUGAAGGGGGUUAUUCUGUACUCUGUAGAUAUAGCUGAGCACAAUUUAGUGAUUUUUAAUACAGUAGCAACUAUCAAGUUUACAAAAUGAACCUCUAAAUUUAAAUGUGCAUGUAAACAAAUGUUAAAAUAAUGCUAUAAACUUUGAAAGAAAUUGGUGCUUAAUAAUAAUGCCCGUAAUAUACCAUAUGAUAUCCCCCGUGGUGUCUACUUACACAAAUGGUAUUUAUUAAUUUGAAUUUGAGGUGAUUUUGAAUUGAGAAAUUUCUACAUUACCCUAAAAUGUGGAAUAGGCUCAUCAAAUGCAUUGAUGAAAAUUCCUAUUGUCAAAACUAAAAGAGUCAGGUGUCCAAUAUGACACUGUAACUUGACACAGGCAUACAUUGGAGGUAUUUAUUUCAUUAGAAGAGUUUGCUGAGCAUAACUGGGGAGGGGUGGGGGGGUGUUAAUCACAGUGGCUCAUUUUAGGUUUCAGAAUGGGCAGGUAAAUUGUAAUGAGUAUGUAAAAAUGCAAUAUAUAUAUUUACUAAGGCACAAUGCACACCAUAUGAGAGACCCUGGAAUGUCUACUUUGACAAAUUGAAAUUUCAGCUGUCCAACUGCUUUAACACCCUAACAUGAGACAUAGACAAUCAAAUCCAUCUAUAAAAACUGAAAUGGGCAGGUCUCUCAUAUGGCACUGUAGCUUCACAGUAUAGUGACAAAGGCACACAUUGGGAGUAUUGUAGUCAUAAGAUGUAGCUAAACACGAUAUGGGGUUUUGUACAGUAGUAACAUACAUCAGGUUUAAGAAAUACUGAAAAGGCAUGUGCAUUGAAAAAUCAGGAGAAAAAAACCUAACACAAUGUAAUACAAUAUUUAUCACAGGGUGUUAAAUGGCUGCAUAAUAAGUGUCCAAAUCCCCUUAGGUAAAUAGCCUGUAGUGUCAUCUUUAUAUAAAAAUAUUCAUUUUUGUGUGGCAAUUUCAUUUUCUGUGAUGUCUGUUACACUUUCAAGACAACCAUAUCAAAUUCUAAAAUUGCUCAUCAUUUACAUUUUAUUUUACUUCUAGUAUUUUGGUGACCUGCAUUUUUGUGUACUUUUAUAUUAUUUUUUUAAACAAAUGAGUGUGUAUAUGUCACAUCUCACAACUAUUUAAAGCCUUUUCUGUCUUUUAAAAUUGUGCAUAAUGUGUUGGUGCAGUCAAUGAGAAAGAUGGAAAUUGCCGUUGAGAACACACAGAGCAAAAAUUGCUUUGGUCCUUAAGUGAAAAUAAAUAAAUAAAUAAAUAAACUAGGUCUUUAAGGGGGUUAACCUUUUGUCAUUCAAAUGGUUAGAUAUUGUUGUUUGUUUUUUGUAGUUAAUCUAUUUAUUUUCUUUUUCUUUGUUUUAGGCUCUCAUUCAUGGCCUUAACCGACAUUACUACUCCAUAACAAUUAACUACAGAAAAAAUGAACUGGAGCAAAAGGUAUGCAAUUUGUAUUGUAUUGCCUCCUUUAUUGUCUGCCUUUUGGAGGUAAACUACAUCCGUAAAGGUAGGUCACUUUUAGAGAUUAAUUACACCUGUCCGUUUACCUAAACUGGUCGUAUGAAUGUCCACCACUUUUGGUGAUCUUUAGCGAUGAAAAUUGAUCUACUUUUUUUCUUCGAAGAAAAUAGUGUUAUUUUUGAAAUCCUAUUGACAUAGAACAUACGCUCUGUCAUUUGGGUCAGGUAAAGGUACUGCAGGCCGAAAAUGACCACUGAGCAAUAUAACCUAUAUAAUGAAAAUAAGUAGCAAUGUAUUUUGAAUUUCUGUUUACAUUUGUAAACGUUGUAUGCCGUUUUGUGAAGGCAUAUCACUGUUCUCCAGAGAAUGUAAGCAGUCUUGAAAUAUUCCUAAUUCAUAGUUCUUUGGUACUUUUAAUAAACAGUUUUGGGAAAUAAGUAUUUAAUUUGGUCCUAAUAACUAUUUUUUUUUCUGUAGAUGUUGCUAAAUUUGCAUAAGAAGAGUUGGAUGGAAGGUUUGACACUUCAGGACUACAGUGAACACUGUAAACUUAAUGAAACCGUUGUGAAGGAGAUGUUGGAACUUGCAAAGAAUUACAACAAGGUACAAAUCAUGUCCAGAUAAUCUGCAUGUAUCCCACAGAAUAUAUCUAACAGACACUUAAGCACCGGUUUUUCAGAAAGGACCAUGCAGGGUUAAACUUAUAGUCACUAAAGGGCAGUGACUGAGUAAAAUGAUGGGUGCAAGUUUCUUUUUUGCCUAUGUAACUGUCACAUGAUAAUGUAGCUCAUAGGAAAACAUUGAACUUAAUGCUUUCUAUGAGACACAUUAAAUGCACAUCAGAUCCCUAACACUCCUUUCUGAGAAGCAUUGGAUUGGACUGUCUCAGGAGGAGACCAUGCCUCCUUGAUGACGUUGCAGGAGACAGAGAGGGGAGCAGCGAUGAGGUAGCCUCCAGGGCACUUGAAAAAGUAUGUGAAUGGGUUUUUUUUUUUUGGUUUUUUUAAAUAUAAAUUUUAUUGGAAAGGUGUGGGGGGGGUUGCAUUCCUAAUGCUAUAGUGUUCUUGUACAGAUACCAUGACACUUUGUGUUAGCUCAUUAUUGAAUCCUAUUUACAUAUAUCAGGAGGGAAUUCAGCUCACCAUAUUAUUAACUGAGCCUGUAGCAUAUGUUAUUAUUUCAGGGUUUUUUUUUUAUUUUAUAUAUUUUUUUUUUUAUGUGGCUGCUGCCAGUAGAUCAGAGUGGGUGUUAGGCCUGGCAUUGAGUAUGGAUCUAGUUAGCUUUGAAUGAUUUCAGAGUGAAAAUCCAGAAGUCACUCCAAUUGGGGAUAUAUGAGUAAUUGUUUGUCUUGAGCUGAGAGAACACAUAGACUUCUUUGUAAUUGUCAGACUUGAUUAGGAUAUACUUCAUUAAUUGGAUUCAUGCACAAUUGUAAGAGGCGACACCUGGUUACCAAUACACAAUUUCAUCUUUUCAUCUCAUUAAAAAUUGUUUUAAUGAUAUAGGAAUGUUGACACAAAAGAAGCAUACACUCAAGUGAUAAAGAUAAUAUUUUUAAUGUGUUUUGCUAUGCUUAAAAUCCAUGACUUUUGGUAUAAUCAUUUAAUCAUCAGUGUUUUAUUUGUUUCAACCAUUUUUUUUUCUUUAUCUGUGCUAUUACUGCUUUUUACUUGUCUGUGAUGUAGCAACAAAAAGUUCUUACCUCCUUCUUCGGGAUUGUGUAUUCUAAGAUAUCCUUAAUAAUAAUUUAAAAAAAUUAAGAUCCAGGGUAGACUGCGCAUAUUUUAUUUUCUUUUUCUCAAAACAUAUUUAAACGCCUUACUUGCACCUUUUAAAGUCUUGGAGCAAUGAGCAUAUGUUAGCAUUGUGUAUCAUGCACCCUUUAGCUUUCACUGCUUUGCUGUGUCCUUGCACCCCUCUACUGUUUAAUAGUUCCUUGGAAAUAUUUGGUUUCAUAGUUGCUGAAGCAGGUCAAAGUUUUUCCAAGACCCCACACUGCCAGGUUAUCAUCUCAAUUACUUUUUGAAGCAACAUCUGUGCCUUUCAGAACUACGAAUUAGUUGACUGUUAAUUUACUGUGAGUGUGAUUACAUCUUCAAGAUGCCGUGACAACCCUUUAACUAGAUAAUUAAGAUUAUAGUACACGAAGGCUAGCAUAAUCUACUAUUUUAUUACAUGAGUGGAGGCCUCAUAUUUAGCAUUUUUAACAGUAUUAGUAAAGAGAAAAUGAAGUGUGAGAGGAAGGGCGGAAGUUAAAUAUUUGAAAGCUGUCUUCCCGAGCCAAGUCUGCUGAACGCCUAAUGUCUCAUAAGGAUACACCUGACUUAAAGGCUCACAAUGCCACUAUUUAGAGGGUCCACUCCUGCCAAAGUGAGAAGCCAUCUGACCCAUAUCGCUAAGAUGGUAGAAGAAACUGGAUUGGGCAGGUUAACAUACAACACAAGAAGUUGACAGUGUUCGACAGUGUAAUGGUGCAUUAACCUCCACAUACCAAAGGAAGGUCUUGACCACCACACAAUGCUGAGGCAUGUCACGGAAAAAGGGGGUAAAAGACCAUAGAGGAAUCUGCCUUAGUAAGAUGGGAUAUGGAGAAAGAAACCCUGUCUGGAGUAAAGAGAAAAACUGACGACAUCCAAAGCUUAAACUUCAGAAACCUGAAAGGAGGAGACGAGACAAAUCAAUAGGUCAAGUUUUGUCGAAAUAUGACGCAGAGAUAAGGACUCGUUGCCCAGACAAUCACAAACGAAUUUAAGCACGAGGUCCACAUCCCACAGGUGGGCUAGUUUGAUGCCUCUUAGAAGACAACAGUUUAAAGGGUCUUGUCACACCGGCACACCCUGAAAGGACACGCAAGCUGCCGAAAUGGCAGAACGCAUGACAUUAAUGGACUGAUAGGAUGAGACAGGAAGCUUAGGGUCGCCGAAGCAGGUGCUGUAAAUGGAUCGUAUUUACUCUUCAGAGAAGAGUUCCAGGCGAAUAGAUAGCACAGUCUCGUCCCAGGUGCCUAUGAACCCCAAAGAAGUCAUCUGCGAUAGUUCGUCAACAUUCGAAAAACCCCGGAAGGCGCUCUGGCAACCAAAUGCAGAUGCUGCUGGAGGAUCAGGGUGUGAAGGAACCCCCUUGAGAUCAGUGAGGGAAGGAGAAUUAGAUUCUUGCAUGAUAUUUCCAGUAUAUCUGGGUACCAGGCCUGGCUCUACCACGAGAGGGUGAUCAGUAGGAGAGCGAGCCUUGUCGUCUAAUCUGCUGUAAAACUCUUGCAAUCGUAAUGAAGGGUGAGAAGCAUUUGUCCCCCAAUUGGACCAGUCCUGGAGAACAGUGUACAUGGCAGCGCAUUCUGGAUCCAGGAGCCAGCUGAAGAAGGUCAGUAGAUGGUGACUGGUCAUGGAGGCAAAGAUGACCAGUGUGAAAGGACCUCACAUCUGGAAGAGGAGUUGAAAUAUGAUGUCCGUCCACUUCCAUUGGCUGUUGUCCUGCUAGUGUCAGGUAAACCAGUUCCUGGAGUCCAUUCCAAAACCUAGGAACUGGACUACUUGAGUGGGCGUCAAAGCUGAUUUUUCCCUGUUGACCACAAAACCCAAUGAUUGAAGCAAAUUCAUGACAAACUGUGUCUCAGAUCAAAGACAAUGAGUCGCAGAAUAUCAACAAAUCAUCCAAGUAGACCAGGAAUCGGAUUCCUGUGUGCCAUAACCGGUUUCAGUAGUUUUGUAAAACACCAAGGUGCUGAGCUGAGAUUGAAAAGGAGACUUGUGAACUGGCGAGGACGAUGCUGCCAUCAGAACCGGAGGUAACAAUGACAUUCUUGGGUUAUAAGUACGGACAGGUAUGUGUCUUUUAGGUUGAGAUGCGUAAACCAGUCGUUUUUGAGGAAAUGGUCUCCUAGAAGGUAAAUGUCCUCCAUUUUGAAGUGCUUGUGCACCAUGAAAUGAUUUAGCCUCCUGAACAGCCCUGGAAAGGAAAUAUAAAGCUUCUCGGCUGCCGCAGUGCUCAGAGUGAGGGAAUAUGAGGUACUGAGCUAUGACCAAAUAUGUGAAAGGGAGUGAACCGUCCACAAUUAGCCCAAAAGGAGCCCUGGGACCUGAGGGAAAAACCAGGGAAAGGUUACAAACUAAUAAAUAAAUAGUAAAAAAUAAUUUGAAGAUAACUUAUAUCAAGAGAAAAUGUUAAUGUAUAAUACUCUGAUCUGUGCACUUAUCAAAGAGAGCAGCAAAGAAAGAGGAGGUGCUUGUUCCAGUCAGAGCUUAUAUAGCCUCCUCAUGCUGGUUUUUGAUGGAUUAAUAGUUUUGUGUUAUGAUCUGUGCUUCUAUUGGAAUAUAGUAAAGAGACUUGCAAACUAUGAAGCCUCCUUUCGUGUAAUAAAAUUGCAACUUUAUUAUUUAACGCAGGGAUGCCCAAAAGGUAGAUCCCCAUAUGUUUAAAAUGCCAAAGCAUCAUGGGAGCUCUAGUUCUGUAACAUCUGGGGAUAUACCUUUUUGGGUACCCGUAAUGUGAUCUCUAUAGCAUCCUAAACAGUACAAAAGCUAAACAGUUUUGCAGCAUUGUAUACCUUUUUAUACCUUUUUCAUAGAAAAAUGUGAAGAAUUAUUCAGUAUUUGACAUUCCCAUUGUCUUUUUGUACUCUUAUAAUAGGACCAUUUUGAAAUGUUUUGUAUUUUGUGAUUUUAUUAUUUCUUACAUUAGUAUUUUGCUCUUCUAUCCAGGCUGUGGAAGAGGAGGAUAAGAUGACACCUGAGCAGCUUGCAAUCAAAAAUGUUGGGAAACAGGUAAAGUAUAGGAAUAGAUAGAAUGAUGGGGGAACACGAUAGUUCAGAUUUGUGGGCUAUGCCUCUUAAGCACAACCAUAUUAAUUUCAGUGGUUGUAUUGCUUAACCAUUUAACCACCCAUCAUAUAUAUAGGGGUGAGUGUUAUUGUCAAGUCAGUGCACAUGACGUUCGCUUAUGCAUUUAUUCAAAACUGCCAUAUAGCAAUAAAGGCUUUCUGAGGGCAGUGUGUGUGCAAAUGCAUUACAUUUUGUGAGGCAAAUUGUCUUUUGCUUGAUUAGGCAAAUAAGCAAGUGACCUGCUCUCAUCUAUUAAAAAACACUAACAAAAUAUCUCAUUAUUUUGUUUGCAACUUGAUUAGCACCUAUAUUGGCUAGUAAAAUUGUGUUCUGCAUGUGAUCACUUUUGGAUGAGGGUUAAGAAUUGCAUUUUUGAAAAAACAAGUAAAAUAGACCAAUAAAAACAUGCCAGUUAGAAUAACCAUUUUUAAAUCAUUCACUGCAAGUGUUGGUGUGAAUGAUGGUUUUUAUUUGUCUCUUCUCAAAUCUGUUAUGUUGUCCAAAUGCAGAUUUGGACUUCAUGCUUACAAAACAAGCCUACAUGCUGGCAUACAAAAAUCUGGUUUUCUUGGGUAUUUUCCAUUUUAAAAUAAAAAAAAAAAGGCAUGAGCACGUACAAGACACACAAAAAAGAGAAGGCUUUCAAGACUCCCUCCCUCCCAGGAGACCACAAUUGAUAUAUGAGAACAGUGAAAUAAAUGAACAUCCAAAUUGUGUGCCAUAAAAAGCCAUAAGAUACUAAUUAAAAGUACAUAUGAUGUAUACACUAAAAACUGCUAAAACUAAAUAUUGCUUAAUUUUUUUUAAAUUAUUUUUUUAAUCUAUUUUUUUUUCCCCUUCCAUUUAGGAUCCCAAACGCCAUUUGGAAGAGCACGUGGAUGUAUUAAUGACAUCAAAUAUUGUCCAGUGUUUAGCUGCUAUGUUGGACACAGUUGUAUUUAAAUAAUGGAUGGGGUGUGUGCAUUGUUUGGAACUUUUCGAUCUAUCAAACUUGUUGAUCUUUGUAACUGAAACAGCAGUACAUCAUAUCCAGUGAUGGUUCCUCUUUGGCAAAUCAGCUAUUGUGGACUGUGUUUCCCAUAAUAUUCUGCCAGCUGUGUGGCUGACAAAGCAUCAUGGGAAAUAUGUUCCUUGUAGUUUAAAAGGUAAACCCUCGCGGACCACUACUGUCCUAUUCUAACUGUAUACAUGGCUUUAAAAAAUGUAUGACUUGCGCAUAUUUUUAAUGGGUUUUUUUUCUGUAUUUUUUUUAAUUAGAAUCUUUUCAGUUGUCACGGACACCAGGUUUGUGGGUUUAAAGGGAAAAAAAAGAUAAUCUGUUCCUUUAAUAUGUGGAUAUGACUUAUUCAGUUCAUGAUUCUAGAACAUAACUUUACACAUCAUAUGCCGCCAUAAUUAUAUGAUCAGUUUGAAAACCCUCUGCAGUCACUGUGUCCGGGAUUAUGACCAUCUAACUGAAACUGGGUUUAAGCUGUCUGAAUGGAAGUGUUUUGCAAUACUCUGUUCAGGUGACUGAAAGACUUUCAAUAUCAUGAACUGCUGGCUUAAAUUGGGACAUCUGGCAUCAUUUGCCAUUUGGGAGCAGCAAUGUAACACCUCUUCAGUCUCCACUGUGCAUUUAUUUCUGCUUCUAGAUGUCAAGGCCUUUGCAGAAUGCAAAAUAGUUUGAGAAUAAAUCAGGGCAAAUGUUAUUAAGUUUCCAUUUGUUAUUUGGAAGAAAAAAGACUGGUAGCACAAAUGUUAUUUUGUGGUUCUACAUAAUAAAACGAAUUUACACAUACCUGGUCUCCUGUUUGAUAUUCUUGGCGAAAACAUGAUAACAGCAAAGAAGGUAAUGUUGUUUUCUGCCCAAGCAAUAUUCCUG